CUUUUGACCAAGAUGGAUAGCCAGCGUAAUAGUAACAAUAAACAACGUGCCCUGAUUGAUUUUUCUUUAUUUGACUUGUCUCCUCGUGUGCAUUUGCUUUUUCUUCUUUACUUCUUUACUUCUCAAUUUGAGAAAAAGAGGAUCCUAAAAAAAUUUCAAUCAUGAAUGCUAAAUAACGGUUGCUCUUUUCUGUGUUAACUGACUAAAGUAGGUAUUUGAGGCGCAGCUUUCUCCACUUUAAAUAGAGUCUUGUGCUUUUGCAUUUUAUUCUUCUUUUUUUCCCCUUAAUAUAAUUAUGCAUUUCUUAGGAGAAGCAUGGUAUAGAAGACCACUUGAGCCAAAAGCACUUGCGUAUAGCAGAGGUGGAACUGCUAUUACAAUGACUAUGGUAUUUCUGGCAUUCUGUGGUUAUUUGAUAAAUCAAAUCUUCACCGACAAGCCAUUGAUUCAAAACUCAUUAGAAGAGAUCAUGACUGAUACAGUGACACCAGAUGUUGAACUAUGUGUACAAAAUUCAACGAUGCAUGUCGUAAAAUGUACGGCAAUGUACUAUAACUGGACUACAAUGGAUAUUCCAGACUGCUGGACGCGAUUCUUUCGUCCGGGAUACAAAAAUGAUGACACAUCAAAAUGUUGGUACUUUUCAACAAACAACACUUACCGUAUGGCUACAGGCCUUACUUAUGACAACAGAGAUGCUUUGAGACGAUUUGAUUUUUAUUGGAACAUUGAUAGUUUGGCCAAUUUAAGUCAUUCUACUAUUUCGGUACCCGCAAUAGCUGUACAACUUUAUGAUCCACGUUUUAGCACAUGGAAUCUAAGCACAAUGGGUGACACGACAUAUGAAAAAGAGACUUCUGCCAACAUACAAUUAGGCCAAUCAAGAGCAACUACUUAUAUUAACCAUACUUCAGCUAUCUUUUAUUACCAACAAAAGUAUCGUGCCAUCAAACCAAAAGAUGCUAGCGCCAUUAUAGGGCUGACACCUAAAUAUACUGAUGUGAUGACGCUUGUUAACUUUCAGCAUAAUUGGCCUCUUCAGACCAACCCUCCUCCUCCCGCAUUAAAUCGAAGUCUCUAUCAAGGCAUAUUCUCAGUUCAACUAGCAAGAAGCACUAUUGAGGUUCAGGCUGAAAUACGACAACACACAAUACUUGCUGCUGUCGCCUUGGCAGGUGGUUGUUAUGGUGUAUUAACAUCUCUCUAUAUUAUGCUCUUUGGUAUGUCCCGAUUGACACCAUGGGGUUUAGCACAUCAUAUACCUGCCUAUGUGAGCCGAAAGAAGCACCAUGUUGAUGAUGAUUUGUAUAUAGAUGAACGCAACAUUCAUUAUCAUAAUAACAGUAGCAAAACAGCAUGUCCUAGAGAAGAGCAACUUGAAGAUGGAAACCAAAAGAGCCAAGUAAACCGAAAAGACUCCACAAUUCUUGUGCCAUGGUUCUUCCGUGCAUCACUCAACGGAAACAAAACAUUUACUGCAAAGAACAAUGAUGAUUCGUUCAUAAGAAAAAUGGUCGAUCAUCAAAAGGAUGAAGGCUAUAAAGAGGAUGCACAUCAACUCAAUGAGCUAGUGCAGACCACAAAGAUUGACAGUAAAGUACCACUAUCUUCACCUGAGUUAUACUUGUUAGACUCAAAUGAUAAGGCAGACAUCUCAAGUCAUCCAAGUUUAAUGGAAAACACAAACAUGUCACCGCGAACGCUUUUGGGUCAUACAGAAUCAGAUCAUUUAGGCUCUUCCUCUUAUGUCAACGAUUUUAAUAUUACAUUCUCUCCUGCAGCUACCGACGCUGAUAAACAAGAAGCACUGAUGCAAAUAUUACGUCGAGAACAAGAACGAUCUGACAGUCUAACAACCCGUGUAGAGGAACUUGAAAUCAUUUUGAGCGAAUACUUUAUCAACACUUACUAUUUGGACCAGAUACGUAAUCGAAAGCAUCUGAAAGCUAUAACUCGUACUAGUGUUGAAGAAGAUAGUCUUAGUCGUAUGAAGUCUCGACAUUAACCAAUACUCAUAUCCUAUAUAUUAAGUUUGUGCUAUACCUUAUAAAUAAUCCUUUAAUACAUUUAAAACAAACAAUUUAUUGUCUACUCAAACACACAAGUACCAUAUAAUAUCACUAAAUUCAAUUAACAAAAAGAC